CUUGAUUCGACGCCAAAAAGGAUGUUCGGUUUCUCGAAAAAGUGGAACCCAGAUGGCAAGCGCGUCUACAUCACAGGCGGGAGCACAGGUCUCGGACUUUCCUUAGCCAUAAUACUCACCAAAAAAGGCGCCCACGUCUCCAUUGUCGCACGGAACCAAGGAAGAAUCGACAAGGCUCUGACCGAGCUCGAAGAAGUCCGCGUCAGCCCUUCCCAGCUACUGAAAGGGUACUCGCACUCCCUUGAUACAGCCGCAGCGUCGAUAGCUGCGCUGGAAGAAGUAUGCGCGGCACAUGGUGGUGAGGCGCCUGAUGCCGUGUUUGCGUGUGCGGGCGCUUCGAAGCCCAUGUUCUUCGUGGAGAUGACGGAGGAGGAUUUGGUGAAUGGGAUGACGGCGGGGUAUUGGGUGCAGGCUUGGACUGCGUGGGCAGCUGCGAAGAUGAUGGCGAAACAGGAGAAAAAAGGGAGGAUUGCGUUGGUGUCUUCUACGCUUGGGUAUAUGUCUUUCUUGGGUUGGGCGUCGUAUUCUCCUGCUAAGCAUGCUUUACGAGGCCUUGCGGAUACACUCCAAUCCGAACUUAUGUUAUACGGAAUCAGUGUACACAUCUUCUUUCCCCCCACCAUGUUCACACCGGGGUAUGACGAGGAGAACAAAACGAAGCCGCAGAUCGUCAAGGACAUAGAGAGCGCGGAUGAUGGGCUUACUGCUGACCAGGCAGCGUUGGCUUUGUACAAGGGUGUGGAGAGCGGACAAGCACAUAUAACGGGAGAUCUUAUCACGAGUUUGUUCCACGCCUCCACUCGCGGUGCUACCCCGAGGAAUAACUGGUUCUUGGACGGCAUUUUUGAUAUGGUUGCUUAUAUUGCAACACCCAUCUGGCGCUCAUCCGUCGACAAACGGGUCGCUACUCAUAGGACGGAACAUCGGCAAUACCUCACGACGCAGGGGUUCUUCUCAUAAUCGGGUUCGGGUUCUCUUGAACUAGGCUUGCCUUCGAGGGGAUUUGGGUUUAUGUUAUUGUCAUAAGUUACUUCGUUGUGUUUUUUCGUUCCCAUGUACCCUCUGUUGGAAUGUUCGUAGGGUAUCUAGUAAUUUUGAGAAAA